AUGAGGAUCGCUUGGAUCCGGGGCGAUCUGCCCUUGGCGAAAGGGCAAGACUUUGUGUUGACGUGCUUAGCAGUGACGUGGGUCAUGGUGGAUCGCAAAGUCUUGUCUUGGCCAUCGCGCUGGGUCGACGGGGGUAUUGACACAUUGGCCAAGUUUGCCUUUUCGUCUUCAUACACCCCGGGCGCUCAGGAUGAGAAGCCUUUUCUUGAUUCCAUCGCAACUCUUCUGGGUAGGGAUGGUAGCGUGGGAGAAUUGUCAGUACUUCGACGCUUAUUCCAUGAAUCCUACUCUCUCACCUCUGCUGAGUUGAAGCAGUCAGUGGAACGUGUCGAGGACGGGCCUGUCAAGAGAUUGGCUCAGCCAGACAGGGCCGACCGGUUGGCCAAGCAACAGAAACGCUUGCCUGGGAUAAGCAUCCGAGGUCCUCUUGAGCCAUCUGAUCGACUCGUGGAUCGUUGCGUGGCGAUCUAUGAGGAAAACCGGCUUGUCUACGUUGAGCUUUCAGCCUGCACCUCUAAGGAAGAUGAAAUUAAGCAAGCCACGCUCAAGGAGGACAGGCAUCUUGUCGUAGAAAGCGGGGGAAAUGUUCGACUCAAAGGCCUGGUGAACAACAAGAUGGAUGCAGACAUUUCCUCUGAUUUGCUCAUGCGGUAUGCUCUUACUAGGCGUGGCCUAGCGAUGGAGCAAGCGGGAAUCAUCUCAUAUACACUGCAUGACGCUUGGACCGAGCAACUGCUCGCGUGCCGUUUCCGAGAACCCCCGACAGGGUACAGCCGCGUUUCCUUGCAACAGGUCAUUCAUGCUGACAGGCAAUUCUUCAUCAAACUUGCCGAGCUCACCCGGGAAGGAAUACAGCUUCAGGCGAAGGGUAGGCCAUGUGAUUUGCACUUCGAGACAGCUCGCAAUCACCCGGAUGUGGCGCACCUAAUGCAACCCCUUCUUGCAGCGGUGCCUAGACCAGACCCCACAUGGACGCCCCGAAAAGGCGACGGCAAGAACAGCAAGGGAGGUAAAGGUCAGAAGGGCGGUAAAGGGAAGCGGGACACCACUGCCAUCACUGCUGCGAUGCCUAAGGAGAUUGCUGAUGGGGGGUUAUCUUUCACGCCUAAAGGGUACGCAAUCUGUUGGGAUUAUAAUCUCAAUAGAUGCAAGCGCAGAGUCGGAGCCGAUACAGGUAUGAGCGUUGAUGCAGCCGGCGGUGCUUCCGCCGAAAUCCUUUCACAACAGUUGCUUGAGGCUGACAGGUUGCCCACUCCAGAGGAGAUUGAAGAGCUCGUUAGCCUCUUGCCGCAUGGCGAGUUGACCGGCGAACGCCGGAGCAACGCGACUGCAUUGCAUGCAGAUAGCCAGAAUGCCUUCAUCCCAAACUUGGUCGUUCCACUAAACAGGUUUUCUGGUGGUGGGAUUUGGGUGGAAUCCGAUGUUGGCAAAGAGCGUUUGACAGUCGAUGGCCAAGAGCUGCUGGGUCGGCGAAUGGUCCUUAUCGGAUACUCUGUACAAGGCGGUGAGAUGCUUCAAGACUCGGAUAAGGUUGAGCUGGAAGCCUUGGGGUUCGCACUUCCAUCGCAGUACCCCGCCACCGGCAACCAGGUGGCUGAGCAAGCGUGCUUUGCGGACUUCAGGAAUGGGACCAGCAGCCCGCCACUUCUUGAGCAAAGGCCGGCAUAUGAUCCACAGCACAUCGGCGAUCCGUCGAGGAGUCCAGUGCAAGGGAAGUUCUUGAAACCUACCCAGUUCUUUAUGUCCACGCUGAGCCGCCUUAUGCCACGUUUGGGCCACAGCAGGUAUUCCUUGGACCUUGGAACACCCAAAGGCCAGCCUUCUUUGGCAAUUGCGCGGCACCAUGGACUUGCUUGCCCCGACGUGGCUUUGUCAUCCACGCCAGCUGGUGUUGCCCAGCAAAAGAGAGGCAAACCUGAAGCUUCGCUCCUGCCUGAGUUCGGCAAGGUCUUGCAGGUAGAUGUCGAUCAGGUUCCGCCAGUGAACCACAAGCAGUGCCUCACUCGCCCGUUGGGCGAGGUGCCAGCAGGAUCCAAGCUCAUCGCCACGUCUCUUCUCAGGGGUGAUGCGGGUGGCGAUGCGGGUAACGAGGGUAAGAAAUUUCGCCUUUCUUUAGGAGUCUUUGCCACGCCAGAUGAGUUCGUUGAUGCGGCCAAAGACUUGCUACAUCCUUUUGCUGCUUCGGCUGUUCUGUCGCCUAUCGUGAAAAGGCGUUUGUUUGAGGCCUUGACCAAAGGUCCUGAAUGGGUUCAGCGACAACGGUGCUCCAAAUUGAAAUUGUGGCUUAGCUGGGCCAAAGAACUGCAAGUUGCCGAAGGAGAAAUGAAAGGUAAGCUAGAUCCUGACAUUGGCCGUGUGCUUCGAGGCAAGCGCUUGUUGCUUCUUAAGCGUAUUGCUGAUGAUAUGGACUGGCCCGACAAGGAUUGGUUGGGUGAGCUCUUGGAAGGGUUUGACUUAGUCGGUAGUCAGAAGCACACCGGGGUCUUCAAGCGAGAGUUGCGACCACAAGCAAGAACUAAGGCGGACUUUCUUGAUGCUAGCAAGUUCUUGCGACCGGCACUUCUGGGCAAGGUCGCCUCUGAGGGUCUGAACGAGCAUUCUCAGGAACUCUGGGACAAGACCUUGGAAGAGGUGACGGACGACCUUCUUGAAGGACCUCUGACGCAGGAGGAGGUUCAUGCCAGACAUGGUGACCAUUGGGUCCCGGUUAGGAGGUUCCCGGUGGUACAAUCUUCAGCGGGCAAGAGGAAGCUUCGACCGAUUGAUGAUUUUUCGGAGAAUCUAGUCAACGGUUCUUUUUCGUAUGCCGAUAAGAUUGACUUACGUGCCCUUGACGAAAUCAUUGCCAUCUGCCGAUGCUGGACCCAGGCAUGCACUUCAGAACAUCAGUUCUUUUUCGCGAUGCCUGAAGGGCCACCGUUGGUGGGCCGUGUCCACCCUCUGUGGGUCAGCGGGGCUUGGGAGCCUUUGCUUACAACGUUCGAUUUGAAGAAUGCUUAUCGUCAAUUCCCAUUGUCACCAGGCAGCCGUGCUCAUGCGAUCAUUGCACUGUUGGACCCGAGCAGUCUUGGCGUGGGUUUGUUCGAGUCCAAAGCGCUACCCUUCGGUAGCACGGCGUCGGUGGUGCACUUCAAUCGAAUGUCACGUUUGUUUUGGAGGAUUGGCCUUGAACUUCACCUGUGGUGGAGCAAUUUUUAUGAUGACUACCCAGUCAUGACGCCAACACUGCUUAAGGAUUCCACCAUGGCGACUAUGAUGCUCCUGUCCCAGCUGUUAGGGUUUAGUGCCUCCCUUGAGAAGUUGGCCCCAUUUUCUUCGGUUGGUACGAUGUUGGGCGUUGAAGUAGACUGCAGUUCAGCGCCCGAUGCGCUCAUCCGUGUUCGCAACAAAGAGGGUCGUGCCAGCGAGGUGUGUGAGGUCAUACAGGGAUGCAUUAAGGCUGGUGUGGUAAGGCAAAGAGAUUUCGCCCGUGUCGCUGGCAGGAUUCAGUUCUCAGACUCGCAAAUCAUGGGACGUACCGGCAAACUAGCUUUGGCCGAGUUGCGAGCCUCAUCGGCCAGGCAUGCUGACAAGUUCCGUCUUGGAGAGCAGGAGGUUAGGGCCUUUGAUUUCUUGGUCAGUCGACUGUCCUUUGGUGCUCCUAGGGUUGUACCCUGUUCGGUUCCUCCGAAACCGAUUCUUGUCUUUACCGAUGGCGCCAGCGAAGGAUCUAUCCACACAGUGGUGGGAAUCAUGUUUGACCCGCGAGAACAACAACCGAAGUACUUUGCUUGCCAUGUGUGCGACAGUGUCGUCUCGACCUGGUCCCGGGACCUUCAGCACAUCAUAGGUCCAGUCGAGGCCUACGCUGUGCUCACAGCGAGAAAGGUCUUUCAUCAGUCUCUGUCGGGACGAUAUUGCGUGUACUUCAUUGAUAACGACGGGGUACUACUUAGCUACAUCAAGGGUACGUCUUCUAGCAAACCUAUGCGAGAUAUUUUGCUGAUGUGGGAGUCCUUGGAGAUGCAUGCUCACACGUGGGCGUGGUGGGCUCGUGUGCCAUCCGCAUCCAACCCAGCCGAUGCGCCGUCAAGAGGCGAGCUGGAUGAGCUUGUCAAAGCUGGGGCAUUGCGUGUGGAUUGUGAUUGCCCGCUUACCGGUACAAGACUUGUCGACUUGUAA